AGCACCAGAUUUAAAUCAGACUGGUUUGGUUCUCAGUCCUGGAGCCACCCACUCAGGGCGUGUUGGGAUCUGGGUGGGAUUUGGGCUGCUGGGAACCCACAGAACUCUCCCUUAGAGCAUCUCCUGGCGGGGCUGGACCCAGCUCUGGCCGGGAAGCUCCAGGGAGCAGGAGAGGGAUGGAGGGAACCGGGUGGGGACGUGGGGACAGCGGGCAGGACCCAGCCCGGCACGUUCCAGCCUCUCCGCAAACCCCAUCGUUCGACAUUUUCCAGUUCAUCUGGAAAGCAAAUGCAAUUAUCUCCCGUCGCAGGCAGGGCUGAUUGGGGAUAUUUAUUUAUUUAUUUGAGGCCUUGAGCGGCGGCUGCGGGGGCCGAGGUGUGGCGAAUUGCGGCUCGGAGCCGAGCGCUGCCCUAAUUGGGGACAUGUGAGGGGCAGCGCCGCGGGCACAGCGGGCACAGGAGCCACCCUGAGUCCUCCUAAACGCCGAGCCGAGCGCUCCGAAAUCAUCUCCUAAAUGAUCUCGUUAGCGGCGGGAAUCGGGCCGGGAAUUGUCCGUGCGGAAAAACACCGAGGGAGGGUGGGAGGCGACAGAUCCUGCCUGGGAUUCAGCUGUGGAGAGGGGCUGGAGGGUCCUGCCCCGGCACCAGCCCAGCUGGGAAAUUCCAAGGAUAACCUGGUGGUUUUUGCGUUGUUGUGGCGGUCGCAGCAGCAGCGAUGCCAUUUUGGGGUCAAAUCCCGGAUUUUGCCCUUUUUCCUGAGCUGGAGCAGGUUGUGGCCGCCCCGCCCCUCCCAGCUGCGAUAAUUCGUCUCCAAAUCAGUUUUUAUUUGUAAACGAAAGUUUCAUGGAGGAUGUGCGGCGAAAGGGAGGAAAUGUUUUGGAGCUGGGCAGGGCUGGGUGGGUCCCGCAGCAUCCCGGUACCCGGCGCUGCCGUUGCCAUGGGAACGCCGUUCCCAAAUUCAGCCGAUGAGCUGCAAAAUCCGCUCUGGGUUUGAAGAGAAAUCCCCCGUUCAGGAGAGCACCGCGGGGGGAUGCCCGAGGGGAUGUUGGGGAGCCACCUCGGUGGUGUUCAGCUGCCAGGAGAAGGGCACGGGAGCUCCCUACGCUGCCAAGAUCCUGAAGAAAACGAUCGACAAAAAGAUCGUGAGGACGGAGAUCGGGGUCCUGCUGCGGCUCUCGCACCCCAACAUCAUCAAGCUGAAGGAGAUUUUCGAGACGCCCUCGGAGAUCGCGCUGGUGCUGGAGCUGGUGACGGGGGGAGAACUCUUCGACAGGAUUGUGGAGAGGGGGUUCUACAGCGAGCGGGAUGCGGCGCACGUGGUCAAGCAGAUCCUGGAGGCUGUUUCGUAUUUGCACCAGAAUGGAGUCGUCCACCGGGACCUGAAGCCGGAGAACCUCCUGUACGCAGACCUGUCCCCCGAGGCGCCCCUCAAAAUCGGUGACUUCGGGCUCUCCAAGAUCCUGGACGAGCAGGACACCAUGAAAACCGUGUGUGGGACACCGGGCUACUGCGCCCCCGAAAUCCUGCACGGGGGUCCCUACGGGCCGGAGGUGGACAUGUGGAGCGUGGGGGUCAUCACCUACAUCCUGCUCUGUGGCUUCGAGCCCUUUUUCGACCCGCGGGGGGAUCAGUACAUGUACGGCCGCAUCCUCACCUGCGACUACGAGUUCGUGUCCCCCUGGUGGGACGAGGUGUCCCCAAACGCCAAGGACUUGGUCAGAAAAUUGAUCGUUUUGGAUCCCCAGAAGAGGCUGACGGUUCAGCAGGCGCUGGAGCACCCCUGGGUCACCGGGAAAGCGGCAAAAUUCGCUCACAUGGACAGCACGCAGAGGAAACUGCAGGAAUUCAACGCCAGGAGGAAGCUGAAGCUCCCUGAUCCUCUGCCUCUGCCCCAGGCUGCCAUGAAAGCCGUGGUGGCCUCCAGCCGCCUGGGCAACCAUGGCCACCACGACUGCUCCCGCAGCGGCCGCGGCCAGGGGGAGCCCCGGGGCCUGGCCCAGCCCGGGGGGAGCGGCGGCCCCGGGGCCAGCGCGGAGCUCAGCACGUUCCCGAGCGACCGCCCCGCCGUAGCCCCGGUGGCCCCGGUGGCCCCGGUGGCCGUGCCAGGCGCUGGCUGUGACAGUUAGCGGGCCCGGAGCGGUGACACCGCCGAGCCUUGGCCGCUGCCGGGGACCCCAGGAGGGGGCACGGCCCCUCUGGACAUCCUCGUGUCGUGUCCCGUCACCCCCGGUCGCUGUCCCUGUGUCUGUGCCCGCCGGCUGAGGGGACGAGGCGGUGACUUUGUCUUCCCACUCUGCAGCAGUUUGGGCCGUUGCGGCUCGGAAAGAUCCCGAAAAACGAGGCACAAACAGGAUUUGUCCCACCUUUCCCUGCAAAGGCAGCGUGUUGUCUUUAAGGGGUUCUUGUAAAUAACCCUGAAGAUUUUUUGCCAAUUUUUCUGUUUUAUUUUUCUGUCACCAGCCCAGCUGUGGGGCUGCUGCUGUGUUAGGAGGGGUUUUAGGAGUCUUUGACCUUCAAAUGUCUGAUCCUCUCGGGAGAACAGCCCGUGCCAGUGCUUCCCUGGCCAUUCCCAGGCAGCAGCCAGCCCUGGGUUGUGGUUUUUUGGGUGUGUCCCCCACCUUCAGCUGUGCUGUGGGUCCCUGGUGGUGGUGGUGGGGUGGUCACGGGCUGGAAAUGCUGGUCUGGCCUCCCUUUGGCGUUCCAGUUCAGGAUUUAUAUAAUUCUAACACAGCAAUUUACACAACUCUUGAAUAUUGCGAGACUUUGCCACGUAACUGCUGUUCCCUGAGGGAGAUCAGUGAGUUUAUACCUUUUUCAAAUUUUGUUUUUUAAUGAAAUCGGCAGAGAGACAUCUUGAAAAGGAUUUUUUUUUUUUUUUAAGGCAGGAAACAGGAUAACCAUUUAGAGAUUUUGAUACAGAGCAAAUGAGCAGACAGCAAAAGCCAUAUUCCAUGUGGGAAUUGCAGAGAGCUGGUGGGAUCCUGCCAGGGUUGAGCUCUAAGGCAGCCACCAUGACUGCACCCCCACAUUUUGGGCUUAGAAUGGUGUGUUCAGGGUAAAAAUCCCAUCUGGAGGGGAAUCAAUUUGUACAAGAGGUUCAUUCCCCCAGGAUGGGGGUGCAGAAUUGAGCAGCUGGGGUAGGAAGGGCAAAAAAAACCCCAAAAUUGGAGGUUUUGCCAAAGUGACGCAGCGAUGAUGGACCUGAGGGUGACAGAGCAGGGUCAGGAGACUGAGGUCGGAGCAGGUGAGGAAAAAUGGAUUUUGGGUUUGACUCCAGCACGAGCAGAAAUCAAAACAGCUCCAAGUCAGGAUCCAGCCCGGAGCUCAGUGGGGACUGGGGAGCCAAAGACAGCAGAAAAACGGGGUGUUCAAGAGGGGUUUUAACUGGGGAAAAAACAUCUUGGCUGGGCCAGAGCUGCACUUUUGUGCACUUGAGUUGCUCUUUGUGGAGAAGCAGCUGCCCAGCGAGGUGCCCCAGGGGGAAACAGAGCCACUGAUCCCGUAGGGAAGUUCCCCCUUUUUCUUUGCAUUUUUGGCAGGAGUUCUCCCCUCUCCUUUUUCUGGCCCUGAGGGCUGAGCCUUGCAGGGUGCUGUCCCAUCCAUGUCGUGUCUCCGUGGGAGCUGAACUCCACCUCGUUGUUUCCUAACCCGGGUUUUAAAGACUGUUUUCUAUCCUUUGACAUGAAAUGCUGAUUAAAGCCCCUCGCAGGACCAGGCUGGCACCCCCGGAGCCUGCGGAGCAGGGAAGAGGCUGAAUUCCUGCAGCAUUCCCAGUCCUGCAGGAAAGUGGGAAUUACAGUUGACAAAUCAAUCACUCAAAGUAUCUCCAGCGGGGGAAGGCAGUGGGAGGAAGGAGGGGGCCUGCAAGAAAAACCAGAACAGGAGUUUGUAUCUUAUUAUUAUCGUUAUUCCACAGGUAUCUGUAUUUAAAGAUAGGAAAAGUGCACUCCUGGGAGGAGCCCAGGGAGGAGCAUUUGGGUCUGUUGCUGUUUGCAGAGUGUGUUUGAGUGCCUGCUUCAGUGUGGUGGUGACAGUUCUGACAGCCAGGUGUUUCUAACCAAGUAGAGACAGCGAAUAAAGCAUCCAACCUCA